ACGUCAUGCCCAUCGCCAAGUUCACCACGUGUCUCUGGUUCGACGGCAACGCCGAAGAAGCCGCCCAGUUCUACGUCUCCAUCUUUCCAGAUUCGAAGAUCACGCAUCGACAAUACUACACCUCGGCCGGCGAGGCCCACCACGGCCAGAAGCCCGGCAGCCUGCUCAUCAUCGAGUUUGAGAUGAACGGGCAAAAGUUCGCGGGUCUCAACGGCGGGCCGCACUUCCACUUCGACGAGGCCGUCUCGCUCAUGGUCGACUGCGAUGACCAGAAGGAAAUCGAUUUUUACUGGGCGAAGCUCGGCGACGGCGGCGAUGUCAAGAGGCAGCAGUGCGGGUGGGUGGCAGACAGGUAUGGGUUGGCGUGGCAGGUCGUGCCCAAAGUGCUGAAGACGAUGCUGGCGGAUCCGGACCGGGAGAAAUCAGACCGCGUUAUGGAGGCUAUGAUGCAGAUGACGAAGAUGGAUAUUCGAGGUUUGGAACAGGCGUUCAAGGGAGAAUGAAACUGAACUAUGCUCUAUCAGAUAUUUUGGCCUCGCAAGGAGCACACGCUUGGUGAAUCCAGUCAGAUACUACAAGGCCAACGUCGAGCUUCGUCUUUGCAAGACAUGAAGCGUGGGUCUGCGUGUUGCUAUGUAUAGUCUGGUGGGCGCUUCGAGAGAUGGCGGAGAGUAGUUGACAAGAACGCAAUUUGUUUGCUGUGGA